GGUGUGAUAGAUCCAAGAUGGACGCCGGAGUGAAAAACUGCACUGAGCUUUAAAAACUUCAGGAAUAACGACAGGACAACGAGGAGACAAUCUAGAGUAAACACACCUUCUUCGUUUUAACCAGAAGAAUCGAAAAACGGUUGAAAGGGCGAAGGCAAAAUGAUGAAUCUUCCGGAGGCGAAGUUGUGAGUGGAGCCUCUCUCCCACCAACAGCCCAGCAUGGACAGCUUCUUCAAGGCUGCUGUAUGUGACCUGGAUAAGCUUCUGGAUGACUUUGAGCUCAAUACAGAUGAGCACAACUACAGAUCAGUCUCUCUGUCGCCUCCUGUGUAUCCCGGCCACUCUCUGAGCCCCCAGGGUUUCCUUCCGGAACCCUCCACAGUUCCAGUUCCACACGCUCUUCCUGACCUAAACUCCCUGCACUAUGGCACUGCCCCCAGCUUCCCCGACCGUCCCAGCCCCAGUCCUGGGGAGCGCGAGGCCAAGGGACGGCCUCUCACAGGGGUUGACCUUCUCUCCUCCGUGGACGGCCGGGGGGCAGCUAAGAGCUGUGCGCCACCCUUCCCCAAUCGGGCGCUGAAGCCUGUGUGUGACCUGGUCAGUGACACGGGCUCAGCCCACCUCCUCCUCCGGGCCAACAGCCACGACGCCUUCAGUGAGCUGGAUGUGGCGGAGAGACGGCUGGAGGAGGAGCUUCUGGUGGACUUCACCAGCCCCGUGGUGGCUCUGCCUGGGGAGACCUCAGCCGGCCUGGGUCCCGGCCAUGGGAGGACUGAGGGGAGGGAGGCUCUUGCCGGGGGAGGGGAGGGGCUGCUGGGGCUGGACUCUGGUGGUUACUCUGCCUCUCUCAGUCUGCUGGAUGUGAUUCUUCCUGCUGCUGUGGAGAGGGCCUGUGAGCCCACAGAUGCCCCCUCACUGAGGAACUCUGAGUCUGGAGAGACAGAGAGAGACAGAGAGGGAGAGGAGGCAGAGGUGGCCUUCGUCAACCAACACCUGAAAAAAACAACAGGCCACCAGGACCAGGCUAGUGUCCUGCCUGUUGCCAUAGACACCAAGAAAGAGGACACUCCCAUGUGUGAUAUCGACACAGAGGCCAGGGAGGAGGGUGAGGGGUCUUUGGAGCCCUCUGAGCUGGCUGAAGCAGAGAGCUCUGGGAGAUGCACUGGACAGGAACCUAACCCUGAGGACGGCAGUGGUGGUGUGGCAGAGAGCCCUUCAGCAGAGACAGAGCUUUCGCUGUCCUGCCUGCCCAUGGGCGUGUCCAUGUCUGGGGCCCUGGUGGCCUCCAAAAACCCUGAGGAGGCCAUGAGAGGGGGGGCAGAGGAGGCUGGCCUAACUGAGACCUUAAAGACAGAGUCCCUGUCUGCUUUCGAGGUCCAGGAGGAAGUUACUCUCCCAGAGAACCCUGGGACUGUGGAGGACUGUACCAGCCCUGAUGCUGCCCCUGAGAACCAACCUGUCCAGUCACCUAACACACAGAGCCCAGAGACAACCACCAUGCCUUUCCACCUGGCAGUCUUGGCUCCCGCCGUCUCCCAGCGGCCACUGGAGGUCAGCUUCUCCCCAGUGGAAAAACAGCCAGCCCCAGGGGCUUCACAGCGCCCAGCCUCCCCUCCCUCAGAGCCCAGCCCCAGUCCAGUGGACCCACCUGAGUUUGGGUUCGAGUACCUGCCAGAGAGCGACCAGGCCGGACUGCUGGUGACGGAUGAGGAGCUGGACGCCUUCCUCCGGGGAGAGACUCAGGGCCAGGAGGACCACAGGGUCCCUGACUGUGGGAGGCCCGGGGAGAACCUCCAGGACGAGGGCUUUUCCGAGCUCAACGGGAACCUGGAGGAGCGGCUGGUGGAGGAGGAGCUGUGGAGCUGCAGCCGGAGCCGAGGGGAGGGGCUGGAGAGGAUAGAGAGGUUGGCCUCGCCGGAGAGCGACAGGACCUUGUCUGCAGAGGGGAAUGCGAGUCCAGCCCUCUCCACUCCCUCCCAGGAAGCCCCCAGCCCCUACCAGACAGACACCAGCCCCUGUAGUCCCAGGAACCUCCCACCACCCUACUACGGAGGGGCCCGACCCAAACAACUGCUCUGCCAAGCACCCAGAGUACCUCCAGCAGAAGGGGAGGACCAAGGGCCCAGUAGCCCCACAGACCACACCGACACUGGGGAAGAGGUGGACCAGAGCCCAUCUCCUCCCAGCCCCAACCCUGCAGAGGACCCCACUAACCAAGGUGUGCUCUGUCCAGGUUACUCCCCACCUGAGCGCUAUGAGAGCAGUGUGGGGUACGACGAGCUGUCGGAGCCCCCGCCCUAUUCUGGCGAGCCUGCUGGAGAGGGGAGCGGGUCCUCAGAGGGGAGGUUGGCGGAGGAUGAGGAUGGGCUGGGGUGCAAGCAGCCCCCCUGGGUGCCGGAUUCAGAGGCACCCAACUGUAUGAACUGCUGGCAGAAGUUCACCUUCACCAGGAGGAGGCACCACUGCCGGGCCUGUGGGAAGGUGUACUGUGCCAUCUGCUGCAACAGGAGAUGGAAGCUCAAGUACCUGGACAAGGAGGCCCGGGUGUGUGUCAUCUGCUUCGAGACCGUACACAGAAGUAAGACCCAAGCCCAGGCGCUGGAGCGUAUGAUGAGUCCGACAGGUCCGAGCCCCAACCCCAACAUCCCGUCAGAGUACUGCAGCACCAUCCCCCCCCUGCAGCAGGCCCGGGCUGCAGGCACCCUCAACUCCCCCCCGCCCACUGUCAUGGUGCCUGUCUCCGUGCUCAAAAACCCUGGCAGCGACGGUUGUCCUCGUGAGCAGAAGCGUGUGUGGUUUGCAGAUGGCAUACUGCCCAAUGGAGAGGUGGCCGACACCACCAGGCUCUCUGUGACCAGCAGGAGGGGCUCCCAGGAGUCCAGCCCUGUCACACCUGACCCACCUACGGCUGGUAGCAGAGUGUCCCCUGGCUCUGCAGCGGUGUCGGAGGGUGGUGUGUCGGCCCCGGAGGCCCAAGCAGAGGUGGAGGUGGUGCGCCCCCCAGUGUCAGGACCUUGGGACUACAGCCUGCUGUGUGGGGUGGGGGGUUAUGUAGAGAGGAGCCCCAGUCUGCUGCCAGAGGAUGAGGAGGGCCUGCCACCUCUACUCAUCACCACCGGAGAGGAGGAGGGAGGAGGAGGAGAUCUAUUGGUGGAGGAGCGCCCCGCCCCCUGCCAGAUCCUGCUCCUAUUGGAGGAGGGAGGGCCGCGACCUUUGACCUUUGUCCUCAACGCCAACCUGCUGGUCAACGUCAAACUGGUCACCUACUGCAGUAGGAAGUGCUGGUGUUUGGGCUCCAGUGGUCUACAGACUGUGGGACAGAGGGAGAUAGUGUUCAUCCUGGAGUGUCUGCCUGUGGAGAGGGCUCUGCCCAAAGACCUGUUCACACUCUACCUCUCCAUCUACCAGGAUGCACAGAGAGGGAAGUAUGUGGAGGAGCUGGGCAACGUGGCGUUUACAGGUAGUUUCCUGGGCAGUAAGGAGCACGGCGGUGUGCUGUUCUACUCCCCUACCUUCCAGCCCCUGGAGGGUCUCUGUCUGCCCCCACAGCCCUUCCUCUGUGGUCUGCUCAUCCAGAGGUUGGAGGUACCCUGGGCCAAGGUGUUCCCCCUCAGACUGCUGCUACGGCUGGGAGCAGAACACAGCGUGUAUCCCAGCACGCUGGUCAGCGUCCGCUUCAGAGAAACUGUGUUCAGAGAGACAGGACACACCAUCAUGAACCUGUUGGCUGACCUGAGGAACUACCAGUACAGUCUACCUGCUGUGGAGGGUCUGAGGAUCCACAUGGAGAUGGGCCACAGCUACAUCGACAUUCCCAAGAGCAGCUUCACUGAGAUGCUGAAGGUUGUGAAUGCGUCUAACGAGCAUGUGAUCAGUGUGGGUGCCGGGUUCAGCUCAGAGGCUGACUCCCACCUGGUCUGUUUCCAGAACGACGAGGGCAACUACCAGACCCAGGCCAACAGCCAGCCUGGCAAGACACGCACAGUGACGGGGGCCAGCUUUGUGGUGUUCAACGGCGCUCUUAAGGCCUCGUCAGGCUUCAUCGCAAAGUCGAGUAUCGUGGAGGACGGCCUGAUGGUGCAGAUCCCCCCAGAGACCAUGGAGGCCCUGCGUGCCGCCCUGAGGGGGCAGACUGACUUCCACAUCCCCUGUGGCAAGGCUGACGGAGGGGAGCUCCAGGACAAUGUCACCGUCCGCUGGAUUGACUGGAGCGCCCCCGUCAACGCUGGUGUGACCAGUGGUGUGGACAGGAAACCUCUGGAAGGGGUCCACAGUGUGCGGAUGCAGCAGGACACAGAGUUUGAGUCAGACGGACGCACCAUCAGGUGUACUGAGGUGUUCUACUGGCUGAAGACUCCAGACGUGUCCCUAUCUGUGGUGCUGCCGUCCUGCAGUGUGUUCCAGAAGGAGAUGGCUGUGGCCAGCUGUAGUGCUCUGACCCCUCACCUCUCGGUCCUCUCAGCCAGCGGCAUCAACUCCCUCGCCCUCAGAGUCUCCACACACACUGACAUGGUGGAGUACCAGGCUGGUUCGGGAGGCAGGCUCCUACCCCAGCGCUAUAUGAACGAGCUAGACAGCGCUCUGAUCCCCAUCAUCCACGGAGGCUCAGCCAGAGUACCACAGACAGCCAUGGACAUGGAGUUCAUCUUUUACAUCACACACACUGUCUAACACACACACACACCUGUACGCACACACAGUUAGUCUCGCACAUGGAAACACAGUACGUGCAAGCACACACACACACACAGCCUGGAUGUCUUUGCACAGAGAAAGAGGCUGGAGCUCUGAGGACCUUGGACAAACUGACAGGACGUGAGGACACAAACUGCCAAUAAGACACGGCUUGUGAUGAGGACACAAACAGCCAAUCAGGCGUGGCUAACAACUGAACUAAAGACACAGGCCGUCAAUGGCAGGACAUUCCCACAGAGUCUCUCUCUGAAGGCCUUGGAAGGACAGAGGUGUAGGCCUAUGUUCCGGGACAGACAGACAGAGAAACUGGAACAGUGACGUGGCUUUAAGUCUGAGAAACAUCUCGAAUGCUGCUUUAACCCACGAGGCCAAACACUUAACACAAAUAACAAUAACAACAACCAAAAAAAUAACUAACUCUCCUGAAACUGAAAUUUCUCUUCUCAUCUCUUCCUGCUCUGCCUUCUUGGCUUCUUGCUGGGAUCUGUCUGUCAGCCAGCCAAGGAGCAUCUUGAUGAAUGUUUCCAACAGACACUCUGUCAACAAACUGCUUUCUUUUCUCUACUCUUCUUUUAAUGUAUUUACUGUAUGUUUAGAAUGACCAGAUGGUAAAACAAUGAUGAAUUAUAUUAAAGUUACUUGAUUGACAACUGGAUACCAGGCUUGAGAAGAGCAGCACGACAUGAGACAGUGAAGUGCUACUUAGAAGUUUCUCGAUGUAAGCUGUUAUUUGAGGAUGUGAACGCUAUUUUAGAAUGAGGAAAUAGCCUGUGGCAGUUUGACGUAGCUUCCUGUAAGCCUGCGAUUCUAGAAUGGCGUUUUGAACUUCCUCUCCAUCGGCAGAGUGCAGAGUCUUGUUUGACAGACAAGUGGUCUCUCCAGUUGUGUGUUAUAUGUGGGGAGUUCUCUGACAACUCUCACUGUCCGUCUUGUCCAAAUCUAUAGAAAUUAUAUCAAGCUUUUUUUUAAGCUUAAAGUACUAUUUUUUGGAACCGUUACGUAAAUGGAAUCGAUGUUCAUAUUUUUGAUAGGACGUUAGCUAGCUGAGUCACUUUUGCAUGUGUAGUGCAGAUAAGGCCUGAGGAGCACUGAGAGAAAAAACAACGGACUAGAGUUUCCCCUGAUGUUCCCUUUGAUGUCAACUGAAAUGUUAAAUACCAGUGGAAUUAGGCCAUGUUGAACCAAAUACUGCUGCAAAACAUGAACAUCUGUAUAGAAAGUAAUUGAUGACGUAUGGAGAGGAACACUGUAAAGGUAUUAAAACUUCCCUUCA